CUUGGUUGGCUUCUGACGAUUCGGUUCAUCUCUCAUCUUCUCGCUGAGCUUCUCUUCCACCCUUGAUAAAGAUUAUCCAAUCUCUGCAUGUUGUCGCCAUUUUGAAAUCAUUGUAGGCUCUAGUAUUGUCUGAUACCGGUUCAGGGUUCUGUUGCGGAAGGGCCCGGCUCAUCUCCUUUGAUCGUGUAAACAAGACAAACGUAGAAGAAGAGCUUGUUCAAUCAUUGGAUUCUUUUCCACAAAUUUUAUUAUGGCCGACGUGGAAAACCCCACAGGAAAACCUGAUGUCGGGAAUUUUACGGUGGGUAACCGAUCCUCUUUUGAGCCGAACGCGGUGGGAGCAAACCUCGUCCAGCCGUCGCUAUCUACCUUACACCAAGACGAAAAAAGUUUACUAUUGGUAGCUGCUACGCGUCAAGAAAGAGACACUUAUGGCAAUAUCGUAGUAUCGUCAGAAUCAAACGGUGUCGAUGACCUAUUGACGGAUGACGAUUACGACGAAAUUGUCGUGGAUGAAGAUUUCGAGGAGAUUGAAUACGAGGAUGAGUCAGAUGUUGAGUACAUAGAAGAGGAACUAUCAGACGAAGAGCCUGACGAUGAAGAAAGCUACACAGAAAUUACGUAUAACUCUGAUGGGGAUGAUGCAGAUUUCGUGCUAAACGGCCAAGGUAAUGCAUCGCUUCGACAGUACAAAAACGCAGCGACACGUGCUGCCGAAGAAGAGGCUAGUAGGAAAGAAGCAGAGGAGGACGAAGCUCGUAGGGAGCGGGCACGCAUUCUUGUGCGACAGAAAGAAAUGGAAAGGAAGGAACAAGAAGAGACCCGCAAGCGAGAAACCCAGGCUUUGGAAGCUGCUCGGGUAGCAGAAGAAAAAGAAAUCAGACGUCGGGAAGAAGAGGAGCGCGCUGCUCGUAUCCGCGCUGAAGAAGCAGCAGCCAUCAUUGCAGAGGAAAGAGAAGAAAAUCGCAUGCGAUUACUGGAAUUGGAGGAGCUGCGAAAGGCCGAAGAGGCAGAAGCGCGGGGCAUUGCCGCCAAAAUGGCCGCCGAAAAACGAGAAGAACAAGAAAGAAUGCGUCGACUUGAAGCUGAAGAGGCUUUGGCAAAAGCUGCGGCAGAGAAACUCAAAAUGGAAAAAGAAAUUCGUGAAAUGGAAACCAGACUAGAGGCGGCCAAACAAGCUAAAGAAGAAGCGAAGAAAAGAGAGGAAGAAGAAAGAGGCCGUUUGGCAGCAAAGGUUGAAGCCCGACGUCGUUCAGCAGAAAAGAAACUAGAGAAACUGAACACAGAAGUGCAAUCUGAGCAACCCGUUAAAGGAGCGGGUUUUGAGAUAAAACAAGACAACGAGCCGCUCGAGUUGGGAGGGGGUCCCGUUCCCUCUGCCGAACAAGGAAAAACGACAAUAGGGGCCGUAGAGGAUAAAAUUGAUACGACGGUCAACUUGGCUUCAUCAGCACUCGAUGAGGUGUCUACAAAGAAGAAAAAGGUAUUCAGAAAGGUUGUUCGUCGCGUUGUUAGAAACAAGAAUGGUGAGAUCCUUUCUUCACGAAUCGAACGAGUGGAGGACACGCCUACUGGUACGUCUGGUUUGAGCAAUACCAGCACGAUAGAAACCCCACCAAAUGAAUCUAGCCAUGCCAAGGAGCCAGCUCAAAAAGCUACACAGAGCACGAUUCCAGUAUCGAGACCGCUUGCUCCUAGUCCUGCUCAUGAGCCAGCACCAGAAUUGACACUAUCUGCAGAAAACGCCGGCGAGCACUACACGGUAAUCCAACUCCAAAAGCAGCUUGUGCCUGGUCUAGAUUACAAGAAUCGUGAAAAAUAUCUGUCUCUGUCUGAUUUCCAAGCAAUAUUUGGUUGCAACAAAGACGAGUUCGCGAGUUGGCCAAAGUGGAAGCAGACGAAUUUGAAGCGUAAAGCUAAGCUCUUCUAA